UUCGAGUUUUACUUUCGGUCACACUGUUGAUGAAGUAAAGGAAAUAUUUUGUUAUUUUUAUAAUGGAGGAUAUAAAAGUAUUCAAACGGUUUCUUAGCGAUGUAAAGUGUGUGAAAGAUUUGCGGCAGCUGCAUAGUAUUGGCAUUACUUGCAGCAGACAAAAUAAAGGCCAUGUAAGCAAAGUAAAGAGGAGACGCGUUCGCUUCCACCCGAUGGAGCAAAUUAAUGAAAUAGAAUUUCGUAAAAAAUACCGCUACACAAAAGAAAAUAUGAGGCGUAUUAUUGAAAUUGUUCGAGAUGACAUCGAGGUUGACUACUAUAAACCAGUAAAAAGAAAUCAAGUCCCUAUAGACUUGCAAGUCUUAGCGGCGAUUCGUUUUUUCGGUGGAACUGAGCAUCCCCAACUAACAGCUAUAGCGCAUGGAGUUAGUUUGCAUACAAUGGCUAAAAUAACUCGUCGUGUGGCUUCAGUGCUGUCAUCAAAGGCAUCACGAUACAUCCGAAUGCCAGCAACGCUCUCAGAGAAGGAACGAAUGAUGCGAUCGUUUCAAUCGUUAUCAAAUAUGCCUCAAGUUAUUGGCGCACUUGUUCAAAGUACUGUGCGAUUGCAAUUGGAAACUUCACGUUCGCAGAUUAAUAGAAGCAGCCACCAAAAUGGUGGUUCUAUGGACUCGCCAUCGCCAACAGAGCUAGUACAUCUGCAAUUAGUUUCGGAUGCUGAACAUAAAAUUCGAGACCUGGACAUUCGGCUGUCGGAUGAACUUGAUCUGAAUACUGCUCCAGAGGUUUACUCAUUAUCGCGCAUUAAGGAGCGUUUUGAACAGAACGAAUUUCGCGGACGUAUUCUUCUCGGCAAUGAUUCACUUUCGUGCUCAUCCAGCCUGUUUACUCCCAUUCAAUACCCUCGGAAUAAAGCCGAGGAACUCUACAAUCAUGCUCAUGCUGUAACCUUUGCCCCAGCUAUCAAAUGUCUUAACAUCUGGUUUCGUCGAUUUGGAAUUCUCGGCAGUGAACUUUUAGGCACAUUCGGUUCUGCGAAACAAACAAUUACCGCGUUGGCACUACUCCAUAAUAUGGCCAUUGAUUGGAAUGAUCCCAGUGUUGAUGCUGAAAAUAGUGUAUCCUUCUAUAAACCGAACUUCCUGAGUUUGGGCCAUGGUAUAUCAGUAGCGGAAGAGCAACGCAAUCGAAAAGAAUUUAUUAAAUCUCAUUUCGCAAACAACUAAGCACACAAAAAUGCCAAUUUAAAAUAGUAUUAUAAAAACCAAAAAUAUCUAUACGUACGUAUGUAUUCCCCCUCAUGGGGUUUUUUUCUUAUCAAUUUUCCCUCAUAAAUAUAUACAUACAAAUUAUAUUAUGUUCC